AGAACUGUCAAAUCGAAACAGUCUAGUUGUCAAACAAAGAUGGCAGACGCUGCUGUUGAAACAGCGCCGAAUGAUGAAAAUGAUGAUACAUGGCUGUACGGAGAGUCCAAUGCUGAUCAAAAUGAAGACACGGAGCCAAAUCUUAACGAAAAAGAAAAACAACAACCUUCGACGAUUGAAAGCGCGGAUCAAGACACAGAAGAAAAGGAUCAAGAUGAGACUGAAGGGAAUAACGACGAUUCCCACUUUAACGAUGAACAUUUUGGUGAAGUAGAACGAGAUGAACAGAGUCAGACCAAUGGUGAUGCUGAUAGUCAGGAUAAUGGGGACUCGGACUCAGACGACAGUGAUGACGUCAAAGUUACAAUCGGAGAGAUCAAAUCAGGGCCACAAGCUUAUGCCAGCUUGAACAUUAAGCGAGGGGUAGGCUUAGUCGCCUCUGGAGGUGACAAACCUAGAACUGGACCAGCAGCUGGAGGGAAAGUCACCCUCGAGGAUAUGGAUGGCCCUGGCAGUAUCAAUGGAGUACCCGCACUUGAAUUCAAUAUUGAUACAAUAGAAGAUAAGCCAUGGAACAAGCCUGGUGCUGAUAUAUCAGAUUACUUCAACUACGGCUUCAACGAGGUGACGUGGAGCGCAUACUGUGAACGGCAACGGCGCAUGCGCGUCAACGAGGCGGGCGUCGGCAUGCACCCGUCGCACCCGUCGCACCCGUCGCACCCGUCGCACCCGCCGCACCCACCACACCCGCCCAGGCAGAACAACAACGAUAUGCGCAGGCAAUCAGGUCCAGUAAGGCAUGAUGAUGGACCACCACCUAUGAUGCAAAAUAAUUAUCAAUCCAGAGAGAAUACUAUACAGGUGAUGACAGCGGAGCGGCGGGAGUACGGGCGCGCGGGUCCAGGGCCGGGCGGGCCCGGGGUAGGGCCCGGCGGUCCCGGCGGGGGCCCCGCGCCAGGGCCCGGCCCGGAUUACUUCGCGCCCGACCACUACUACCCGCCGCAUGCUAGCUACGAGGAGCCGUCUUGGGGUCCACCUGAGCAAAGCGGAUGGGCUCCAACUGAGAUAAAGGAACUGACGCCGGGCCCCAUGCCCCCGCCGGCCGCGCUCGGGCCCCCGAUGGGCAUGCCGCACCCCGGGCCACACCCCGGGCCCCACCCAGGGCCUCAUCCCGGACCCCACCCGGGGCCCCACCCGCCACCGCACAUGAUGCCUGCACCCUACUCGCCCUAUAGGCCGCACCACCCGCCGCCACAUCCACUUGACCGUGACCGUGACCGUGACCGUGAGCGUGAGCGUGACCGUGACCGUGAGCGCGACCGCGACCGUGACAGGAUUCGGGAGCGCGAGGAACGGGACCGCCGGGAGAGGGACAGGAGGGAAGAGGUAAUGAUUGAAGAAAGAGAGCACCGCGAUAGAGAUCGCGAAAGAUCACGAUCAAUUAAGCCCGACCGUUCUCGUGAAAAAUCGUACAGACGGGAGCGGUCACGGUCAAGGUCACGGCGCCACAAGUCACGGUCAAGGUCACCGCGGAUACGUGAUCGUUCUCGCGACCGUGAGCGCGCUUCCAAAGCCAAGACAAAGGAACCGAAGGAAAAAGAUGACGAUAAAUAACUCAUCGGAGAAAUUACUUGUAGCAGUAAUCAAGUCUUCAUAAGUCUUAAUUAAAUAUAAUUUAAGAAC